CUUGCCAACACAUUGUACUUGACUUGAAUGCGAUGCAGCAAGUUUGCAUUGUACUCAGCCAUGACCACAGUGAUACUAGUGACAAACAUCGCCGCGACUACAAAGUGUGGAUGCCCCUGGAGAGCUCGGUGAGUCAUGUUGUUACGGAAGCUGUGGCGCAUUGGAACGACUGUGCUGCAUGCACUUGGAAAGAUGGAACGUGGACUAUCUAUGACAAGGACCACAACGAAGUGCCUCGUGAUUUCACCCUGGACUACCUCCACUCCCAAACCCUGCCCUAUCCCGACAUCCCCUCCAACAGUACCCCCCAGCUGCACUUGACGUUAUGCGUACCACCCAAAGCAUCUCCACUACUACCCACAAUUGCUGCCCAUCCAUUGACCCCAGCCGACCAAGUACUGCAAAUAUUUCUAGUCCACGCAUUACAAAACCCCUGGGGUCAAGGCUGGCGCAUCAACUGGCAACAAUUCAAAACCCUCACCAAGUACACGAUGCUUCCAAGCUCGACGUCGUCGCUGGGGUGGGACACGCAAAAGAUGCUCGCGUUCAAAGCCUACGCCAGCUGCCCCCUAGGUCUGACGUACCCUGAGUUUCUCCUGGCGUUGGCCCGCCUUGUCAACGUGGAGGCAACAUCCUCCCUGGACCUUCCCUCCCUCCAUACAAUCAUCCUCGACUCCACCGCCACCACCACCGCUUCCCUCCGAUCGCUCUUCGCACAUCUCCAAUCAUACGACUACUAUGCUGAAUCAAAUUAUUCAGUUUCCACGUUAACUCCAUUCAGCAAGUCCCUGCACCAUCUCUUGGCAUCGUUUCGAACGCCUGGCGCGCCGUCGAAUGUGCUGACAUUUUCGGAGUUUCGAGCGUUUGUCCUGGCCGUGCGAUUGAAACUCACCGUGCACGUGACCAUCCAACAACUGACAGCCGUGUUUGUGCAUCAGUUCCGCAUCGACGUCUUGCGGGCAUCGGACUUUUCCACUCCAUCGCCCUUUCACAAUGUGGAUGUGCCCAUCAGUCGCCUUGUGACUGGACUUAUCCACGUCGGUCUUUGCAGCGUCCCUCGACUUAUUGGGCUGCUCCCCGCGGCAGAAUCGUCACUGAAUGCCCAGCUAGCCCAACGCGUCGUGGACCCACAGUAUCCUGUCACAUGUAUCAAGAUCGUCAUGCAAGAAAUCACCCACGCGUUGCUGCCUCAUGACAUUGACACGAUCUGCGCACGACUGCCAGCGAGGUCGGCCCACUCCUUUCGUGAGGCCGCGGCGUCCUUGCAUCGGGUCUUCCUCUCAAUGUUCCAAUGCGAUGGUGCCAUCGAUUACGUGGCACAUUGUCGUGCCCUUGUGAGCCCCAAGCCUCGAAACCAGUCGCAAGCUCCCCAUGUCCAUCCGUUGACCGACCAAUCAUUGUUCAACAAACCAACCAUACCGGCAGGUUCAACCAACUCGCAUCCAUGCUGUGGGCCGCCGCGGCAACAUCCGCUGGACAAGGCCGACGAUCUCUUCGACGCCAUCGUCGUUGAAGCCGUCGAAAUGACACAUCUAGUUGAUAUCGAGUUCGUGGCAGCACAAUGGCUCACCGCCGUCGAUUUGUACGAACGCUUUAUAGCCACUCAAUUAACCUCGGGCCAGGACCACUGUCCAGUUCUUCUGCGGUAUGCCACCACGUUGACCGUCUUCGCGCAACAGCUGUGGCCCACCCGCGACGUUCCAGACAUAUUGGAGCUGGCGAUCGAAGCGGUUCGGGUGGCGGGGCUGACGUUCCAUGCAUACUGGGCCAGCUUGUGCCUCCACUUGGACCCGAACGAUGUGACGAUCUUGACGUGCGUGUGGCAGUGGGCGCGGUGCCUUCAACUUCACGGCGACUUUGUUUCGCUUCAGACUAGUCAAAUGCCAGACAUCCACCUCCACGUCCUCCCUUCGAACCCUCGCUCGUCGGACAAAACGAUCGAGUUCUGGAGCGUCGCACCCGUGGCCACCGCCGCCAUGCUCUACCACGAAGCGUGGAGGCGGUACCUUGUCGCAGUAACCAUAUGCCCCUCGGACGUAAAUGUGUUUACUUGCGUGGUGGCGCAGCUACAGUUAGCCAUGCACUUGCCAUCCGGAGGGGAGGCUGCCUACGAGCUGUUCCACGAUGCCUUGGACCGGUUGGCAUUUCUAGAGCAAUCGUCCCCCGAUUCAAAAGCGCUGGAAGAUCACAUUCAAGCGUUAGUGUUCGUGCGCCAUUCAUUCUUGAGCCCCACCGUCACAACGUCCCCGAGAGUUGCCCCCUUCUACUCCUACGUCGUCGCGUCGCUGUUUCAAUCAUUUUCAACGUCCACCACUGGUCUGUCUUGUGCGGAUUUAAACCGACUGAAUGCUGCGUGCUCGUUCCCUGCACUCCCUCCCACUACAUUGCAAUGGCUGCACGACACAUUUGAGUCCACUGGAGAAGAGCUCACCCAAGCUGGACUCGUGCAAUAUUUUGUACAUUUCGCCACCACUGACCCGAUGGAGUUUCAUCGUGCCUUUCGCGCCUUGACGGUGGACUUUGAAGCGGCGGCGCAAGUCCCCGCCUCCUGUCUCGCCGCUAUCCGAUCGUACCUACCUCGUCAUCCGGCAACCCCCCAAGACUCCUCGUCGCUGCCUCGCCGCCGUUCGUCGAGAAGUCGCGAUACGUUUCCAGCGUUUGCAUUAGACCACACCCCCCACUCGAUGGCCGAUUGCUUUGUCGUGCUCAGCGGGGUCGUGGCCCCCAUUUCGCAGCUGCAGCUCGACCGCACUGAUUCGGCCACGGAUGUGAAGGUCGUGGUUCAGAUCACAGACAAACUGUACCAUCCUCACGUCAAGUCGUUUCGCGUACCCGACGAAAUCGCUACGUUCUUGUACCCAGCGCCCUUGUCCGUGCAGACUGCGGCGCCGCCGCCGCGGUGGUUGGACACUGUUCUCACGGAUGUCAAGGGCAAUCAAAUUUACGCGUCAUGUUUGCAGUUUUCACACCCGACGACAUCGACAGCGCUCCAGGGGUUACUGGUGGCGGAAGGUGCUUCUACCAUCGCUCUACCCCCGUGGCUUGACGACCAUGCGACCUUCUAUCUCCCAAAGUGCCUGUGCUUUCUGUCUCGCCGCCCCACGUUCAAGACAUUGCACCUGGCACUGCUGCAAGUAUUUCGAUCGCAGCAUAUUCAAUCCAAAGUGAUCUCGGCCUUCCUCAACGUCCCCUUACCCACCUCGUCCCAAGAUGCGAAAACCAUCUGCGUAUUCCACGACCACACGUUCAUGCUGCACUCGCCCCAGUCGUUUCCACCCAACGAAGUUGACUUUGCCCUCCUUUUCGAACGCCUGAGCCUCAACAAUAUUCUCGAGGUACUCAUGUACAUCGCGUGUGAAAAGAAAGUGGCCGUCGCUGCCAAAUGUGUGGCCAUGCUCACUCCGAUUCUGGAAACGCUGCGCGCGCUCCUCCACCCGUAUUUCGUCACGCAAGUGGUGUACAUUCCGAUCGUGCCAGAGCAUUUGGGCGACUUUUUGUGCUCCCCCGUGCCAUUUCUCGUCGGGCUGUCUGUGGACCAGCUGCAUCGAGCGCAACUCGAUUCGUGGGAUGACGUUAUCUUUGUUAACUUGGACACAAAUACCGUGCACGUGCCCCCCAAGUGCCCCCUUCCUCGCCUCCCGGAACGUUCCAAGAAGAAAUUUCUCAAAGCUCUGGGCGCGUUCUGUGAACGGGCGACGAUUGCCGUGCGAGAUGACAAACACCACGUCGACGAGGACAACGCGGCCGACUUCGUCCUCUACGGCCAAGUAGAUAUGGACGAUUUCCAUCAUGGGAAUAUUGAGCCCAUGGCCUAUGACGUGGCGUGGCGGACAGAGCAGUGCCUCGUGGCAGACCACAUCAACGACAUGUGGUCGGGUCUGCAGGAGCUCGUGACCACGUUCUUUCGCUCACUGCUUCGGGACUGCAAAAAGUACUGCCGCGGCGUUGGCCCUAACGCUAUCACGCACCAAGUGCAGUUUGACUCGAAGGGGUACUUGCGAGACUUUAGCACCACCCGAGACUUUUGCAUGCACAUGUUUGACACCCAAGUGUUUCAAGAGUUUAUCACGAGGGAAGUGCAGCAAGUGCACCCACACCACCACAGACGAUCAGUGCACCCACAAGAUGCGGAAGUUGUGGCCAAGAUGGCCAAGACCCCUUCCCCCCCCUUGACAUCGCAUCCGCGUGUCGAAUUUGUAGUUGUCACGAUCACAGACUAAAUCUAUUGAUAUUCUACGCC